AUGCUCAAUCGAAUUCGAAUUGGAAAGGCACGUAGAGGUGAUUUGGGCAUCGAACAUCCAAGUGACUAUGAUAUAUUGAAAACUCGCCUACUUAGUGAGAUCAAAAUUCAUUGUCCUAAAGAAUUUGAAAAAUUCAAAGACGCGCCUAUCGUUGUCACCAAAAAGUUCUUAAGAGAUGCCAUCAACGAAUCAAAAGCGCGUUCAUUUGCAUAUGAUUCGAAGCAAAAAUUUGAAGUCUAUAAGGCGCAUGACUCUAUCAGUGGCAAAAAAGCGACGUCUGAUCAACAAAAGUGUUUGUGGAAAAUGCAAAGCACGCACACCAAUGACGCCCUCGGGGAAUUGCCAUUGAUUCCUGGAAUGCCAGUUAUGAUAACUGACAAUGCUGCGAUGAGCUGUAAAAUAGUGAACGGCAGUAGAGGUACAUUGAAAUCGAUUCAUUAUGAAGCAGAUAGCGAGGGGAAUCGGUAUGCUUUAUAUGCAUUAGUGGAUCUCCCUGGAAAUGCUCUGCACGUGCCGGGUUUACAGGCUGACGUGGUACCAAUUUUGCCAAUAACAUCUGGAUUUAAAUUUCAUACGAAGGAGAUAUCAUUCAGCAUAAGACGCAAGCAAUUGCCGAUACUACCAGGAUGGGCUUUCACUGAUUUUAAAGUGCAGGGAAGUUUGAUAUCUCCUGUGAUUGUUGAUUUGACAUGGGCAAAAUCAUUGCAGAGUAUUUAUGUGAUGUUGUCUCGAGCAUCUACAUUGAAGGAUGUAGCGGUUCUUAGGUGGUUUUCUUCGAAAACAUUGAAUUCUGACCUUCAAGGAGAUGCGCGCGAUGAGUUAAAGCGCUUGAGUCUUGUAGCAGCAGAAACACGCAAGAGAUUUAUAUCUUCCACUAGCAAGCAAUCAAAGUCUAAGGAAUGA